CCAACACCCAGUCCAUCUCCACAUCAUUAAACAAAACGUCAGCUCAUUUGUGAGAAAGAAAGUGUUUGAAUUCAAGAAACCAAACGAUUUCCUAACUUUUCAAUUGUUUACUCAAAUUAUUAUUUUGAGAUCUUGAUAUUUAUUCGGGAUGACUGUCAUUCAUGAAUGUUCAUUUAUCUCAUAUGCGUCUUUGAAAGUAAUGAACAGGGCAGUCAUUCCAGUGUCUUUGCAGAAAUCCACUCCUAAUCUUACAAGUUGCAAUGUCAGCUUUGCGAAGGCUAUGAAAACAAACAACUGCUCUGAACGCCGGGCGGUGUGAGGCUUGAUUGUUUUUUUUAAGAUAUAUGUAACAAUUUCAUUCGUUAUUUUACAAUUGCAUCGGAUUACUUAAAAUAGAAACAAGCCAAAUAUAUAAUAUAUAUAUAUUAUAUAAAGGGGGGCGAAAAAACUCGCGAUGCAAGCCCGCCGUUCUGCAAAGAGGUCGAUUUUGGGCAGCCGGGUCUGUGCUCCGAGUCCGGCCGGGGAUGGGCAACUCGUUCCCGGUGUGAUCCAGGCGCUGAAAUGCCAAAGCAGCGAGUCCGGGGGGCGGUGCAACUUCUACACGGUGAUGCUGGAGGAUGGCAGCCUGAGGGAAUACCCGGAGGAGGAGAUUGUGGUGGUGGGACCCGGCUUCCAUAACCACGGCAGCAAAGUGCAGCUGAAAUGCAGGGAAAAGCUGAAUUGCAAUGGUCGAGAUACAUCAUCAGUUGUGUCAUUGCAAGAUCAAAACCAUACUGAAAACCACCAGAAGGUGUUGGAACAGCAGCUACCCCUAGUGAGGAAGAUUGAAGCUAUGAAAAUACUGGAAACUAAAAAGAUCAGCUGGAUUCAGGAUCAUGAGAAGGAUCACAUGCGUCCUGUUGUUUCAGAUCAGAAAAGAAAAGUUGUUUCUUCAAACAUCGAUGUGCCACGUACCAGGAAAUUCUCAGAGGAAGGGGAGAUGGACAAAGUAACAGCGGCGAUGGUCCUGACCAGCCUUUCCACUAGCCCCCUCGUCCGCAGCCCCCCCUCUGCAUUCCGUGUCGCAGAUCAGAACGGUUCCUGGAAGGAGGGGGCGAACAUGUCAUCAAGCUACAGCAGCAGUGGCAACUGGAGCUGGGGUGCCCCGAGUGAUCAGUCAAAUCCAUCCACCCCAUCACCACCCUUACUGGCUGACAGCUUCAAACCUUUCCGUGGAGCUGUCCAGCCAGAUGACAGCAUUGAUGAGGCAGACUCCAGCAACCUGUUGUUUGAUGAGCCUAUACCAAGGAAACGAAAGAACUCCAUGAAAGUUAUGUUCAAGUGUUUGUGGAAGAAUUGUGGAAAAGUACUCAGCACUUCUGCGGGAAUACAGAAACAUAUUCGCACCAUCCAUUUGGGUCGCAGUACAGAUUCAGACUGUAGUGAUGGUGAAGAAGACUUCUACUACCAAGAGAUUAAACUGAACACUGAUUCUGUGGCUGAGGGUUUGGGCAGCCUUUCUCCAGUAUCGCCAUCCGUGGCCUCACCACCUACGCCCUCCAGCCUGGACGCAGGACGAUCUGAAGCCAGCAUCACAAGAACCGAGGCCAAACCUACCACUCCUCUGAGUCGGUCAGCACCAACAUGCCUCUACCUCAUCCACACUGACCACGCUUAUCAGGCCACAGCACCUGUCAACAUUCCUGGGUCAAAGUUUACUCCUACCAGCAAUGGAUUCAGCAUCUCUUGGCAAUCUCCACCAGUAACCUUCACUGGCAUGCCAGUUUCACCAACCCAUAGCCAUCCCGUGGAAAUUGGAGACCAGCGCCAGCAGACCCUUCCUUCACUCUCGUCUCCACCCAGACCUGUGGUUGGAGCAAGGAAAACUCGUGGGGAAGGAAAGAAAUGUCGGAAAGUGUAUGGCAUGGAAAACCGAGAUAUGUGGUGUACUGCGUGCCGUUGGAAGAAAGCUUGCCAGAGGUUUAUUGAUUAGAGAAACGUUGCGAAAGGCCUGUAAGAAAAUUCUUUAGGCAGCUAUUAUGUAAUGUUUUGAAGCACUUAACUUUUUCUAAAUAAAUUUAUAAGUGUAGCAACAACACUUACAUUCAACAAGAUGCACUUAAAAGAAUCCUGUGUGGAACCAAGCAGCAAACAGACAGUUCCAAUGUCAGUGAUAAAUAGUGUAUUACAAAGAGAUCUCUUUCUAUGAGCAGCUGGAACAGAAUGAUGAAGAAAUUCUGAAGCAAAUGUUUGUACAUCAGUUUGAAACAUAGUUGACAGGGAGUAGAAGUAUAUUGUGUUCCAAUUUUAUACCUUAUUCUUGGAGGUUUCUCAGGAAACCUAAUACUUGUGACCAGCGUGUCAACACAAGGAACUCUGUUAUGAAACACACGUGGUUUAUCUUUCUGGUGUAAUUUCAAUGUUCUUCUGAGCGGUAUAAGCUAUUUUUUAAGCUUUUUACUCGCAUUUACUUUUAAACCACACCAAAAUCACUAAUGGGAAUAUUGCGUUCUGUUGGCGACAUUGCAAUAUGUGUCUUAUUUUCUUGAAUGUUGAAGGAGAUGUAAAAUCAGGGUCGCAUGAAAGGUGAGUGAAAUUAUUUCUUUGCAGACCCAUGAUAAACUUCCAAGAAAGCAAAAUUGAUUGUUUUGCAACAUUAAUAAGACACCAUGGAGCACAAGCCAGGCUCAGCAGGAAUUUAUGUUUCUUAGAAAAGCAAGAUAACAAAUAGCUACAUAGUUUUGCAUUAAAAGCUAGUGAACUCUUUAGGGAUGUGCAUUAAGCUGGAUCAAUGAAUGAAGACAGUGCAAGUGAAUUGAUGCCAGUUUUGUUCGAUAUUAACACUGGGGUACAUUAAGAACAGCAGUGCUUUUUUAAAAUGUCUUUUUGGCUGCAGUUCUGUACAAACGUAUAAAUUUACUCCAAUAAUGAUUUUGACAGUUAAUCAGAAACACAUUCUCAGUGCUAGAAAUUAUGUGUUGCUCAGCUAACAGACAUUAUACCUAAUGUACAAUUAAUCAAAGAGAUUGUUCACUUUUACCAGCUAGGCAGUAAAUGCAUAGAAUGGAUUGGCUACUAACAGUUGAGCUUGCGUGAAUUCAAUGGAAUGAAAAUCAGAUAGAUUCUACAAUGCAUGGGUAAUCCAUUAGACUAUUAUCAGGACAGUGAUGGUGAAAAUUACCCUGAAAGUGUUAUCAUUUCUCUGAGAUAAUAAAGCUGCUCAGAGAAAUGAUGCCAUUCACUAUUAGUAUACUGAUUGUGUAAGAGUGUUCACAGCAAUUUUUUCAAACCAAAUAGUAUGAUAAUUACUUAAUGAACAGCUGAAAGCAGGGUCUUACUGAACUAAAUUUCGUACAAUCCACAUUUCACUAUGUCCAGCUAGAUAAAGCUGCCAAUACAGUAAAUUCUAGGUAGUUCAACUGGGUUUCUUUGUAAACUGAGAUAAUGCCAUGAGCAAAAUUUCCCACCUGAUUAUACUACCUUAUGUGAAAGCAAAUCAUACACAGGAGCAGCUAUUCAGAUAAUUUUGAAACACUUGGACAUUGGGCUUUAAAAUAACAGUCAGUGAUGGUAAGCCUAAUGUAGUGUGUGUUUCUCCUAAAAUAUAUACUUUAAAGUAAAACUAUUGUCAAAAAUGGGAAGGCCUGUUUAGGAGUCAUUGCUGGCUAAUCAUUGAAACCUCUCUGCAUUUAUUGUAGCAAAUUCAAAUUUGAAUAUGAAAAUAAAAUGGUUAUAGAAGAUAAUGUUAACCCUUUAUUAAUUGGAUUGCAUUUAAAGUUUCUAAUCUAUGUACCUCCAGAAAAGAUAGAGACAAUAUUAACAAUGGAGAUUCUGCAUAAGGGACAAUGGAGACCAGAGAUUCUUCUUCAAAAAGAAAAAUGGCUGCACAAGGAACAUUGAGAAGAAUGUUGGGGCCCAAAAACAUUAUUUAUCUUAUACCUAUCAUUGAGGCCCACUGUCGGGACUCUCAUUUAAUUGGUCUUGUCACCAGUCCAUUGCUCUUUACUUCUGGCUGAAUCAGGUAUGAGUCUGUCAUGUGUUAAAUUGGUGCAUUUAUUUCAUUUUGGCCAUAUUUGAAAACUGGCAGUAAUAGAUAAACUGACCUCUAUACAUCCUCUCAGUUUAAUAUACUUGAAAUAAGGAAUGCAGAUGCAGGAGUGUAUAUCAAUAACACUCCACUGUACCCACCCAGCAAAGACUAUCCAAAUUGUUGAUUUGAAACAACAAUUUCAAAUCAAAUUUCUCCCCUUUUAGCCCCAGAUUACUACUCAAAUUGACUCACUGUCCAAAAGUCAAUGUUCCCAACUAAUCUCUUUAUAGCUUAAAGAACUAUUGUGAUCAUAUUUCAUGUAUUAUUGAAGGUGAAGUAUAAAGGAAGUACUGAGGAUAUGAUAGGACUAACCAAAAAGUGAACCUAUCUUCUUUCUAUCUAUGAUGGUGCUUUCCAUCAUUUCUGCACACCUUCUAAGCACGUUAGAUUGCAUUUUCAUGAAAUAUCUGAACUAGUGAUUUAAUCUAGUGAUCUUGUUAAACCUAUAAUAUUCACAUUUCAUUUCAUACAUGACUUGAAACUUCAGUAAUUGUUCCUUGUAUUAACAAAUCUAAAGUUAUUCUUUUGAUUUGUCUAACUAGCACUGAUUAACUUACUAAUUUUUACCCCUGCCUGUUUUCAAAUUUUUGAUUUCCUUCAAAAACAUUUUCUCUAUCCUGAUAUAUAUUUCUCUUAUUAAUUAUUUCCUCAUUGAGAGUUUUCCACAUUGUCUCCUUUACAUUUUAGUGAUCACAAGUGUACUAGUUACACCUGACCAAGUUUUCCAUCCGCAAAUAUCUCUGAUUAACAGUGGUAAAAGUAUUUCUCCAAAACCCUUUCCAGUUUUCAGCAUUUCUUAUUCUUUACCCAAUUUCUUCAAACACAGGUUCUAUAUAUCCUCAACUUUGCAGGUGUGCUUAUCAGUACUGAAAGCAUUAUAGGCAUUUCUAAUUUUUCUGGUUAUAGGCAUUGGUUGUAACCGUUAUAUGUCAUAGUUAUGGUGGACACAGUAGAGAUUUUACAAAAUUGAAUAAAUUCUGAAAUUUUGGAAACUCCGAUGUGACAGAUAUAUUUUCCAAUAUCGGCGGAUUACUGACAUACAAGGUAAUACUAUCUUAGUGUGGUCAGUUCAAAAGUGUUGACCAUGAAAUUCCCUGGAGCUACUGUCUCCAUUGUCAUAACUUCAUCGUAGGAAUCUACAGCACAAAAAAAAGACCCUUCAGCUGUUUAUCAAUAACACUCCACUGUACCCAUCUAGCAGUGACUGUCCAAAUUGUAGAUUUGAAACAAUUAUUUCAAAUCAAUUUUUCCCCUUUUUGCCCCAGAUUACUACUCAAAUUGACUCACUGUCCAAAAGUCAAUGUUUCCAACUAGUCUCUUUAUAGCUCAAAGAACUAUUUCAUGCAUUAUUGAAGGUGAAGUCCACACUGGUCAAAAACAACCACCUAACCAUUUUAAUCCCAUUUUCCAGCACUUGACCUGUGAGAGAACCCCAAUUAAAAAAAAAACAUCCAAAGAAAAUUCUCAGCUGAGUUACUUAGCUUAUGAUUUAUUCUCCUCAUUGAGAGAUGAUAAUGCAGCCAAUGUCUUGAUAUAGAUAGGAUUUCUUGUUCCAAGUAUUUGAUUCCCUAAACAAGAUAUUUUAAAGGUCUUUUUGAAUCAUGAAAUUUAUAAAAUUAAUUCGUGCAGUCCUGAAAAAAUAAUUAGUCCUGGCAAAAAUAAUGAGUUCAAACUUCAGACUUUGACAUAGAAAUAUUUGGAACAUGGAUUCUUGUUUUUGUGAGACCAUUUUUCAUUUACAAGUUACAAUGGUGUUGACCAUGUUUAUUUUUGAAAAGUGGUUUGGAAUACGUACAGCUUCCAGUACCCAGCAGCAUUACUCAGCAGAGGACAAAUGAAGUGUGAAGUUGCUUUGAAACACACACCAUUAAUAGGGUUUCUUGUCAUUUAACCACUAUGUUUUUCCAUCAACAGUAGUGCCCAUUUUUUUAAAUAAAAAAUUUUGGAAUAAUAAGAAAGUACAAUUUGUUCAAGAAUUAUAUUUUGUAAAAUAAAGUAUAGAAGUUAUAUAUUAAAAAUAUGGAAUUCACAGAAUUUGGGGGCGAAGGUUCCUUAAAUUGUUUGUUGUGCAUUGUGGCGUUGUUUGUAAUUACGUGAUGGAAUCAUUACUUCCUAAAUAUGCAUGUUGUAGUCAAUUCUGGCAGCCUUGUUUGCACUGCUAAACCAAAUGUGACAAUAUUUCUGAAAGAUGCACUUAAGGACGUAAGAAAGUAGAUAGUACUGAAGUUCGUUAAACAUUCCAGAGUUUGAUGAAUUUUUUUUGGAAAAAAUAAUUGUCAGGAUGUUUGCACAUCCCUACAUUUUCUUUAUUUUAUAUAUAUAUUACAUAUAUAUAAAUAAUGUGUGUGUCUGUGUAUAUAAAGUGCAUAUUGUGAAUGUAUCGUGAACAUGCCUCGUGUUUUCCUGUGUGGUAGUUCCAAGGGGCAUCUGUUUCUCUAGAUUACAGGAAUGCUCCCAUUCUCUGUUGAGCCAGUGGUGUUGCUGCAUUUUGUCAUUGUCUAGUCACAUUGUGCUAUUGUACUGUGAGCUAGAAACCAUCUAAAGUACAAGGUGCUACAUUCUGCAGGAUGUUAAAAUCAACCAAAGCCAUACUUUUAUUUUUCUUGUCUAGCAGAUGUGUCAAUAAUUAUCUACAAGCCAAAAAGAAAUGUUUUACACAAUAGUGCAUAAAAUUUAUGCUAUUAAACUGGCCAUUUUACUGGACAGGUUCAUGGCAAUGUUUUGACAGAACAUGAAUAUCCUCCCAACUUAGCUCUUAUCCUAUUAACAUAUCCUUCUAUCCCUUUAUCCUUCAUCUACAUAUUUAGCUUCCCCAUAAGUACAUCUGUGCUAUUCACCUCAGUUGUUCCAUCUCUAUGUGGAACUGAAUUCCACAGUUAAACUACAAUUUGAGUAGAUACUUUAGUUUUUGGUGUUU